UACAAGGUUACACAAUGCCUCCGGGACUACGUCGUACUUUUUGGGACGAUUUCGAGCCAUCUUCUAUGGUGGAUGUGGACUGCUUUUUGCCCACUGGAGUGGUAAUUCAACUUCAAGUCCGCAUCGAAGCUCAACUUGCCGACAUCAAGAGUCGGUUAUGGAGAGAGGCAAGCAACUAUCCUUUGUUCAAUUUGCUUAAAGAAUCUUCAAACUACGUGUUUUUGUGCGUGAAUCAGCGAGGAAAGCAGGAAGAGCUUGUAGAUGAAACAAGACAGUUAAUUGAUGUUCAGCCAUUUCGACCUUUAUUGAAGCUCAUUCAGAGGAAAGGUGACAGCGAGGAGAAACUUCUAAAUUCUACAAUCGGCAAUCUGAUCGGGAAAAGCCUGCAUGAAUUCGAUCAAAUGCAAAACACAGAAGUGGACGAUUUUCGUCUCAAGUAUCGCCGUUUUGCGGAGAAAAAAGCUUACGAACGAACACAGAUCGACUGGAUAGGCCGUGCAGUUUACGCCUAUCCACCUGAAGUGGAAAGCAUCGAGGCCCCUGAACAUAUCGAAAGCAAACUUAUGGAAAACAGGCGAUUUUUAGUGAAUGUGGCCAUUAAGAAUAAUCGAGCCUCAAUAAAAGACAUGCAUGCGUUUAAUGUACCGGCCGACGCUUACCCAGACGAGCUACUGGUGUUGGUGUUAAGAAAACGAGGUGCUAUCAUGGGCGUACAUGAUCUUGACAAACCGAACGAUUAUGUGCUCAAAAUCGUUGGUCGAGAAAGCUAUCUCCUGGGGAAUUAUCCAUUACUACAGUAUACGGUAUGUAGCUUAAUCACUGAAGUCAAAAGGAGUUACAUUAAACUUAAGCUGCUCGUCGUAAAUUGCUUGUUUAUUUGUUCUUGUGAGUAUUAUUUGUGUUUGUUUCGCAAGAUGUUUUGUGAUAAAUUGCAGUAGUCACGCGUUUCAUUUUUGUCGGUCAUUGACCUGAGAAUUCCACGUGAAGCCUUCGAAAAGGCCAUGAUCUGUAACAAAAAGCUAAUUUGAGUUGUUUUCCCCUUCUUCUUCGUCGAGAGACUUUUGAAUAAAUAUCCAGCAAAAAUGUUGUAAAUAUUUAUACAUGUAGAUUGCACGUCACUUGAUCAUGUGCUCUGCUGUGUUGCUUUGUAUAAAGCUCUACACUCUAGUCAUACUGAAGAAUAAAAUGUGUUGCUUUUGCAGUUUUGACAAAGGUUGUUUCAAGAACUCCCAUGUGUCAAUCAAAUAUAAGAAUGUCAGCAAAUCAGUUGUCUUACUCUUAGGUUUUGUUGUCUGAUACACUCUCGGCAGUGAGUUGGAGCGGCAAAUGGCUAUCCAUUUCUGACGUGUAUGCAAACAACCGUAGCUAUCCAAAAAGUUUCCACCUUUCCUUACUUUUCACCCAUUUUCCUGUAAAUCUUAUGAGAGGCAAAUUUGAAUGAGGUCAUACUUGAAUAAUAUAUUUUUCAAAAUUUAAAUACAAAAACACAAUCUCUUUUCUAAAGGGCCCAUAAAAGUGGGUCCUGGGCCCCAUAUCCUACCCCUGUAUUCUCUAGCAUGCUACCGCCAGGAGUGACUUAUGCACCUAUCAAUGAAAAUCCCGUGAGGGGGGAGUGCGGGCAAGGGGCGGGGAUUUGAUGCCUGAGACUAUCCCCCUGUCGGGCUUUUGAUCGUGCGAAGAGACCCCGGGGUCGGGACAUUUGACUUUGACCGACAAAAGCCUGGUAUCAAUUCAGAAGCGGUUACCAAGUCCGUCCCUCGAGGCUUUCAGAAAGUCACACUGUUGGAGAAAAGUAUGAAGUUAAUAAUGUCUAUUUUGAGAAAGGUUUUAUCUUCAAUUUCCCAUCUGAUUGUAAAACUCGAUUGAAAUCGAAUUCCACCAUGAAAGUCAGAGGAUUUUUUACGGGUCACUGAUCCGACCUGUUCCGACAUGUUUAGCAGAUGUUAUAAAGUAUUUUACGUUUCAUUAAUAUUAUAAUAGCACAGUCAAUCUUCCUGGAGUGAUUUUGUUGUUCAAAAUAGGAGAUGCUAGUGGAGAGAGAAAAUACUUAAUUACAGUGAGUAAUUUAACAGAGCUUACGUUAACCAUAAAUAAAGUAGUAAGAACAUACUUUUGAAAUAUUCUUCUAAUUUGUUUUAUAUAGUGUUAUAGUAUUGUUUCUUUAGAUUUUUUUUGACACUUUUGAUCAACCUUUCGUUUCUCACCCUGGGGAAUUUGAUCAAAAAAUUUCCAAAUUUGUCAAAUCCCCACCCCUCACCCGCACUCCCCUCCCCCCCACGGGGUUUACAUUGAUAGGUGCAUUACAGUGAUGUUCAGUAAAUAUUUUUUUAUUGCUUUUCCCUGUUUUUCAUUGUAACACGAAGUGAAUUUUUUGGAAUAUUGUCAAUGGCAGAGUUUAAGACGGAAUACACCAGGAAAUUGAGUAAUUUUAAUUUUCAGUGGACAAAAACCUUGUACCAGAAUAAUUUAAAAAAUAUUGCAUUCUUUUUUACAUUUCUCAAGGGCUAAAGAUGUAAUUAGUCAUCUGUAAUAACACCAAAGAAAAUUUCUUACGAGUGCCAGAGAAAAUGAAUGUCAAAUUUUCCAGAAUUACAUCUUACACAUGAAAUUUUCAGAAUUUGACCUGUGUUUUCACAAUUCUUGUGAAAUUUGACAUUCAUUUUCUCGGGCUACCGUAGGAAAUAUUCUUUGGUGUUACUGCCGAUGACUAAUUACAUCUUUAGCCCUUGAAAAAUGUGAAAAAGAAUGCAAUAUUCUUUAAAUUAUUCCGGUACAAGGUUUUUGUCCACUGAAAAUUAAAAUUACUCAAUUUCCUGGUGGAUUCCGUCUUAACAGAAGCUUUCAUUAUGGUUUUGUUUCAGUAUAUUCGUAUUUGUAUAGCUAAAGGGACCAGGCCUAUGCUUUCUCUUGUCCUACGGUCCUCACUUCAAGUAGAAGUUGACGUCAGUGGAAUAUGCCCCAUGUCCCACGGUGGGGCUGCACCCCCAGUUCCUCAGAAGCCUCAAUCAGCAAGCCUGUCCUUGUGGAAUAUUGAAACACACCUUAGAAUCAAAGUUGUUUCAGCAGCCAAUGUGAAUGCCGGUGACUUAAUGAAGGUACAGGGGCUUCUUGACUGGUUUCUUCAGAAGCCAAUAGUUGUACUUGUUUCUAGCUAAACUAGUUUUCAAACCUCCAUGUACAUGUAAAUAUUUAGGGGUGCUUCUACAGAUUAUUAUUCAGUUUAAGAAAGGAAAAACAAAGUGUAUAGGACAUUUGAAGACAAUAAUUUGGAGGCCUUUUUCAUAAAAGCUAACUUCAGAUGUACAGUGGUACCUCUAUUCAGGGAACACCCUCUGGACCAAGACAAGUGUCCCAUGAAUGGAGGUGUCUUUUGAGGAAUGGAGGUUGUGCUGGGGUUUGUUAAUAAUAACCAAUAAAUAAAAUAUUUAUUCUUUUCUUCUGCCACGCUAGCUGCUUCAGUCACUACUUCAUGAUCAAUUAUGUUGCAUGCUUAAUUCCCACAAGUGGAGUGCAUUGAUUUAAAUGGGACAGAUCAUGUUUUGAAAGCUAUCGCCAUGGUGACUAGGGAACACUAAAACUCAUCAACGAUUUUUGUGGUCAGUCACCUUUUGAGGACUAAGGUGUUUCCUGAAUGGAGUUUAAACCAGGGUUUUGGGACCCAGAAAAAGUGUCCCUUUUCCCUGAAUGGAGGUGUACCUUCAAAAGUGGUAACAAAUACAAAGAUUAUCUGAACAUUUUUUCCAAGACCAAAUUUUGGGUCCCCUGAAUGGAGGUGCCUCUUGAAUAGAGGUGUCCCAAAGAAGAGGUUCUGCUGUAACUCUUUACAUUUACACUUGGUUUUAAAAUAAUGAGUUUGACUGUGCUGAAUGUAAGAUGCUAGUGGUAACAUCCAGUGUUAAAAUGUAUGCAAGUGGCCUGUGAUGAACUGUUAAAGUCUUCUUCCUUGAUCAUAAAGGACCUAUAAGAGUCUCUCUAAGUGAUACAACAAGCAUCUCCGUCAUUUUCAUGUGGUUCUGCACCCAUGAGAUGUUUUUGUAGCUAUUUGUCUCUGUGAGUGUUUCCUCAAGUAUAUUUCCAGAGCAGAAAGCAAUAAUAUUAAAACAUGGUUGGACCAGUUGCGGUAUGAGUGGAUCAUGACUUGACGAAUAUAAUUUACAAACUUUUUUUCUGUAAAUGUUGGUAUUUUGUUUGUCUUCAGGUUUGUGUGCGAGCAGGUAUCUACCACGGCAGUGAAGCACUGUGUGACAUCCAAUGCACACAACCAGAGGGAAGCUCCAAUCCCUUUUGGAACCAGUUCCUGGACUUUGAUUUAAAUGUACAUAAUAUACCUCGCAUGGCUCGACUAUGUCUUGUUAUUUACAGUGUUUACUUGGACAGAAGAAAAACAAAGAGCAAGAAACGAGAGGUAAAAAUGAGAAGUCAGUUGGCAUUCACUGGUCAUUUGAAAAGUGGCACAAUGUUUUUAGCAUCAUCCACACCUAUUUAUGUUAUUGACUCAUGUGCUUUAUACUUCCUGUUAAUAAUCAUUUCUGUGGUUACAGCUUUUUCAGAAGCAUAACUGUGACUUUACCAAUUUUUAAGGGUGUAUAAUAAGUUGUGGUCAAUUAGUUUUCUUUGAACAGUCAAAUAUUUUGGUGCAAUUAUUAAUUACACAUGCAUUACAAGGCUGCAAAUAACUAACGGGCAUUCGCGGGUCACGUUGUCUGGUCAAACAUGCUUUUGCUUGGACACUACCCGUUUUUGGCCGGUCAAAUUUUAACAGUCGGAACUCUUGCGAUAGUGAACCUAGAUUGCACAGUAAUCCUUUUAGAACUAAAAAACAACUGAAUCCAAGUCGGUCUGGCAAUAAAAAUUACAAGUUAAUAAUUUUACUACUCUUUACUGCAGAAGCAGCCUCGCAUUGAGUACGUGGAACGGUUACGCAAGAUACAACCGCAAUUGUCCGUUUUACUUUACAUCUGGCAAAAUCACUUAUAAUUAAAUAUUACACUUUAGCAAUCGCCACAUCAGUUCUACAACUGAACUUUAAGUAAAAUAUGCAGAAUGUGAAAGCUGAAGGGUUCAAUUGAUCUCUUAAUUAAGCUAACUGAAAUGUAAGCUUAAAUAUAAACAAGAAACACUUAACUUUAACUCUUAUCGUCUUAGGGUUUCGAAAUUCGGCACCACGGUAUGAAAUUGUAUAAAAUGCAUGGCGUCUUAUUCCAAGUGCAAUUGUUGCACUCGCUGACUUUCUUCCAUUUAGAAUCCCUUAAAGACAACUUUAUUCUUCCACUUUUUGUGUUAUAUGCUCCAUUUUUGAGUUAAUCACCAGAAAGCUUAGUAACCAAGCACGUUUUGCUGGGUGUGCUGGAAGUGACAUAUGGUUUGUUCUUUUCAACUUUUUUUUUUUUAACACUAUGCUUUCUUUAGUUUCAAGCAGAAAGCUAUCCCCUAGAAGACAACAACAAAAAAAAUAAUUGGAUAUUAAUAUAUAGAAAAUAAAACGUGAACCUUCUGUACAGUAGACAACUGUACGCUACCUUUUCACCUAAGAAAACUUUUUAACUAAUAGCAAAAUGUUCUGGCAAGCCACAUUGCAAGACAAGUAAAUGGAAAAAAAUAUUUUAAGCCAAAUGCCAAUGGUACUGCUCAACUCUGGACGUAAUUAGUGAUUACAACAAAUCAACAACUUGAAUAGUUCUAUUACGUUGCGGUCAAGCGUUUCAUGUUCGGGUGCUCAUGACAAUUCCUAGGGCUUGAAAAACAAAUAACUCGGUUUCGCUACUCAAGUUCAUCAAGCUCUGCAAUUAACACUUUCCCCCCUUCAUCUUUGUCUUCUCUUUCGAGAUCUUCCUCACUGUCAGUGCCGGGACUUUCUUCAGUUGAAGAAGCAUCGAUUAACACCUUCCGCCUAUUCUUCGAUUCUCUGGCACUGUAAUGCUUCCUUUCCCUUUGGUUUAGGCGGCGGGUCGCACCCAUUGCCCAUAACUGGAUGGCAGGAGUGGUAUCGAACUCUUCAAGUGGUGGGCCUUCCAUUUGGAUUCUGAUGAGGUUGUUAAGGGUGUUCUCGCUGAGCGAUGCCCGGAAAUCUGUCCUCACACGGUUCAUCAGCGAGAACAUCCUUUCAACUUUCGCAUUAGAGAUGGGAAUGGAGAGGAGAAGUUCGACCAACAGUAGCACCAUGUUCCACCUGUCUUUCCGGCUUGAAUCGAAGAUUCUUUUUCAAACACGCAGGUAGUGUGUUCCAGAAGGAUCCAGGUAUCGUGUGGCAUAGGCCACUAGGUCAUGCCACUGCUCCAGUAAACUGUUAAGAGCGACAUCCAAGCCUGCCUUCAACAAUGGUUCACGGAAGUGGUCGAAUAGGGCUGCCACAUAGUUGUCAGCAAACUCCACAUCUUCUUCCCCAUUUUCGUUCUUCCUCUCCCAUCCUUUGCAGUUCAAGAUAGUGGCGGCCAUCACAACAUACUUGUUUUCCGCUGCCUCCAUCCUUGUCUGCAUUGCUUCCUUGAUCUUUCCCAGCAACAUGCGUUUUGAUACUUUUGCGGACUCCUUAGCAUCAUUGAAGUUGGGCAGCACAACGUUCUGAUAGAAAAAUUUUCCGUCUCUUUCCUCAACUUUGUCCAGAAAUCGUUUGACUGUUGGCAGAUCCUCAAAAUUCUUCCGUUCUAGACAUGCAAGCUGCUUUUUUGCCGUCUCGAGGCGCUGGAUGGAAGAAACUGUGUCAAUAUCGUUAUCUUGAAAAGCGAAGGACAACACCUUCGCCAGGCUAAGAAUUUCAACAAAAAGACGAGCCAAUAAAGGAAUUCGAGCUUGUUGCCACUUCCUUAGCCAGCCUUUAAAUUUUUGGCGAUCCGCCGACUUGUAAGACUUGUCUUCUGACAUCGUCUGAAGGUGCUGCCUGUAAAUCCCGUACUUGUCACACACAAGCUGUAGGGCAUUUAGUUUGUGGGCAAUCCAGCGGGUUCCUAAAAGAGCAAAUGUUUUCAGUCAGACAUUUCAAAAGCUAGGCAGUGACAGCGGUUCUUUUCUCUUUGAAUAACACCAUUACUAACUAGGUGUUCCAGUUCACCUGAUAAUUGAACUAACAUAAUAACGAUAAGAAAUGAGAAGUAUCAUAAUUACCACAAGCUCGUUUUGGCCGGGCCCCUCCCUCUUCAAAUUCGAAGGUCUGACGAUAAAUGUUGUGAAGCUCCCAAAGCUGCCUGAGUUUCUUGGGGGAAUUCUCAUACAGGUAGUACAGGCAAAGCAAGACUUCAUCCACAUCGUCAAAGACGGUACCCUGCAAUGCAUCUUUAAGGGAAAGCUCUAGAGGAUGUGCAACACACCAGACAUAGAUCACCCAGGGUUGACGACCUUUAAGGGUGCCGAUGACACCCUCUUUCUCUCCGCGGUUCACAGAAGCUCCGUCAGCAGCGAAACCAACCAAUUUCUUUUCAAAAGACUCAUCCAUGAUGUUAAUGGCCUGGAAGCUCUCUUUGAUGCAACUUACAAUGCCCGUUGCACUGCCAUGUUCAAAUCUGCCAACCUGGGGGUGUGUCAGUGAAAUAAAGUUUAGCUCACCCAACGUGUUCUAGCACGAGAACACAGACCCUGCGAAAGAGAUGUCUUAGAAAUUAGUGGUGUGUGCAAAAAUGUCGUACACGCUUCUGGUAGGUACAAUUAAACUAUUUAAAUUUCUCCUGCUCAGACUGAGAAAUCCACUGACUCGUAUGAAUAAAGAAAUUUUGUUCUUCUGUUUAUUUAAACAAAUUGCUCAGCUUUAUACAGCACUUUCAUGUGAAAAGAACAUGCAUGUAGAUUUCUACAUGCGAAAUGAUUUUUAAGCCGCUAUGAGGAAUAUUGCAUUAAAAAACUCUGUAUGUUGCACUGUUAUAUAUUUGUGUAGAUUUGUUUGAUAUUGUUUAUCAUGACGUCAAAAGUGCAAAUUUUCUUGAUGUCCUCAAAAUAAUAAUCCAGGCUGAGAACGCUUGGUGGGUAGCUGUUGUUCACAAUACCUUGAAAUGCAGAUGAACUUAAGUAAUUUUAGUCACUUACUUUUGCUGUUUACACAUUGCACAGCCACAGAAAUACCAAACAGGAAUACUAAAAUUAAUGACAGUUUAACUUUUGUAAAUAUAUAAAGUGUUUUGAGAAUGCAUGUGUACCAACCUGAGAAAUGCAGUAACAACUUCAAUUGUAUCUUUUCCAGGGCCGUUCGUCAGAACACUAAAGAAAUUGGCACCAGAUAUCUUCUCCUCUAUAAUCUUUUACCGAGUUCCUCUCCAAUGUAGUUGAUGAAAUUGGUGCCACUCUGUCUAUUCCGAUAUGCUCUCCCAAUGUCAGCACCAUGCUUUUCCUCCAGCUUUAAAAUUUGCAGGUAUUUUAAAAGCGGCAUUUCUUCUUUUGCUAUGAAAUACGCAGUUUCAAAUUUUAAUUGCGUCUUUGCAAAAUCGGCUGAUGGCAUGUUUUUGAUACCAGAUGUGAUGAGUUGCUGCCAAGUCUAAUGCCCUUUUGUGAGGCUCACCCCGUGCAUGAUCUUUGGCAUUACUUACGCGAAGGUUGGUUGAUCCAGUGAAAGCCCAGGCUGUCAAAAAGUUCUUCAUACCUUUUAACUUGUCAGCAUGAGUUUUGCACGCAGAACAAUUUAAACUGACGACGUGAUCUCCCUUGUCAGCAUUUAUUACGAGCCACUCACUUCCUAAGUGUUCAGCCAAGGAUGUUGUUUUCCAACGAUUUGCUGCUGCUACAGUUAGGGCCCUUGUUUUCUUAGCAGAUGGAGUGGAUGACACAGCUGUUGAAGGGCAAUCUCUUGUUUCUGUUGAGGCUCUUGACAGAUUGCAAUCGUAGUGGAGCUGCUGUUGUGUAUUUACGGGUGUCUGCCUUGUUGGUACAGGUGUUUUUGUUUUCUUGGUAAAAUAAAAAGAGAGGCUGGAUUGUUGAGACUUUGCUGCCGUGGGAAGGUCAGGGAGCUUUCGCUUACGGCCAUGCUGACACUCGUCACAUUUUCCAACACAAUAGGCUUCCUCAGAAUACCCUGGCGUUUCCUCUGUACAAGGUUUUGAGCAUACAUUGCAAAUGGGCGAUUUACAGCCAAUGCAGCGGUACUUGAUACCUUUACGUGCACACUUAACACAAUCCAUCUUUACUUAGCAAUAUAAAAUGUCUUCUCUGACUGGUACACAGUUACAGUUAGUUAACUAGGUAAAGACAAGACAGGAAGGGAUAGAUGCCAUGGUGUCUGGGAACUUUUCUGCCAAAGCGACAACCAUAGGCCUUAUCAGUCUACGAUCUAUCAUAAUCUAGUCUAUGAUCAGUUUACCACGCAGGAUAUUACUCAGCAUGAAAUUGCUUACAGCAGUUUUACUUGUGGACCAUCGACAAGUAAACCGACUUUUGUCACUUUCUUUUUAGCUGCUUUUCUGUCGACAUGAUUAAUUCUCUACCAGAAUUGGUGCUUUUGACUAUAUUUAACUAUUUCACAGAUAGCGAGCGAAUUUGUAUCCUAGCUGUGGUUUGUAGACAGGUAUGAUAUUGUACACAGUGGCGCUUUGUGGAAGAAAGUUAACUUUGACUAUCAGAGAAGAGUAACACCUGAUAUCCUGGACAAGUUCGUCUAUGCAGGGACCAGAAAAGUACUCCUGAGUGAGUGUUGCUUUCUGAAGUGGACAGAUAUUUGCGCUGUUUAACGCCGCUGCAAGAAAAUUGUAGUGCUAAUUGCUCCAUGGGUUUGUUACAAAAAGGAAACUGUCCCAGACAUAACUGGGAUGUUAAAUAUCCAGAACAAGAGUUUUUUAGACUUGAGCCACUGUAAAGUAACAGACUCAUUGUUCAACCAGAUCCCUGUUACGUGUCCAGUUCUGAAAUUUUUUCUUCUUCAAGAUUGUCAAGAGAUUACAGAAGAUGCUUACAUCAACUCCAACUUUAAAACACACGAACAUCUAAAGAUUUUAAAUGUUGCAGGCAACAGAGAAGCUCUUUAACCAAGAAGUGUCAUUGAACUUUUAAAAUACAAUAAAGGGAGAGUAUUUUUAGACAUCCGAGGGCAUCGACUUACGCAAGCAGAAUUUGCAGCAAUUUCAAGAGAAUAUCCAGACGCAGUGGAAAGGGUUUUUGAAGAUGUUGACAAUUAUGUCCACAUGCUUCUGGUUUAAAUUUAUUCUCAUUUGUCCAGGAUUUUCAAAAAUACAGUUCUAUUUAUUGCGAUUUAGAAUAUCAUCAGUGAAGCAUGGACUUUUCAGAUUAAAUGAUUUUGUUCAGUUCGUGUGUUCGAAUUAAAAAGGUGCUGUUAUUGGCCUAUUGCAUUCGUGUUUACACACUCUUCGUGACAUGUAACGCAAUGGGAUCGUGUAUUGCAUCAUCUUGUCGGCUGCUUGAGAUACAAUCACGUACAUUUUGUGGUACAUUCAACGCGUUACAGAUAAGAAUAUUUUGCAUAUAAAUAUGUUUCCCUUCAUCUAAAACAGACAGGAUGAUAACAAAUUGUUGAGUGAACCUUGCAAUUCAUAGGUUAGUAAUAACAGAAAAUAUCUACAUGCAGACAAAUAAACACAAACUCUCUUUUUAUAUAUCUUGACUUUUUUUGUUUUCAGUACAACUCAGAGCCCUUUUUUUUAAAGUUACAGUUGUGAAUAUUUGUUAGAGUAAAAGAGUGGUCGGAUUCUCCAGGUUUUGUGGAUUUUGCUCGCUUUUUGCACUUUGCAACAAAUGCUACUUGGAAUAUUCUCGGUGCAGCAAGAUUAUUCUUCGUGAGGGUGCUUUCCGAUCAUUUGAUCAAUCAAACAAUCAAUCACUUUAUUUAAGAGUAAAUUAUGGUAUCUAGCCAAAGGUAAAACCCUCUACUAACUGGGAACACUUAAAUAAAGUAAAUAAAAUAACGGAAGACACGAUGAUUUGCUUUAUGAUUUGUUUUAUAACAUUUGUUUCUUGAAUUGUUCUCGCUUGUUUGUGUGUGCUUUAGCAGUUAAACUUUUGCUAUGGCCUAAUCUGAAUCUGUUAGAUGAAUUUGGCAUCCGUUUUAGACACACUGUAAGUGUACAUCAAACUGUAGAGGACUGGGGAAGGAUCACCUUCUAAGAGUUGUUUAGUGAAGAAAUUAUUAGGGAGCUUUAGCAACGACGACGGCGACGUCAACGAGGACGUCAAAAAAGCAAUAGGUUUAUUACACAAAACAACAACUUUGCACGUGCAUCACGAUUUUUGGACAUUUCUUUACCGUCCUUGCACGACUACGACGUGAAAAUGCCUAAUUGCAAGUUUUAUGGAGGACGUAAACAAGCGACGACGAAUCUCUUUUUCUCUCUCUAAACGUGAGUGCGGUCCUCGAGAAAUCAACUCCAAGGAAAUUCAGCAAAUUGGAAUAACAGGACAAAGAUUGAAAAAACGGGAAUUCAUUUUAAAACUGAUGUUUUCGCUGCCGUUGCCGUCGUCGAUGCUAAAGCUCCCUAUUAAUGGAAAAUGAACUACCCCUAAUUGAGCUCUCAAUUUGUGUGGUAAAAUGUUGUAAGUAAAAAAUUAAAUUCAGGUUAAAAUUUUAAAACCUAGGUUUUUUUUCUCAAUUUCUUUUGUCUGGUAGCCCUCAGUAUUCAUGAAUUAGGUCUAUGAGACAAAAGCAGUUGGGAAUCGGCCAAGUUUUAGAAAUUUUCACCUGAAUUUAAUUUUGACCUAGUCUCCCAUGCAAAUGUUCUUUUGGCUCAUCACGCAAUCCUCCCCAACAAAUGUCUGCUGAAACAAGCAGCACCAAUCACUUUUCCAGUAAUUUGAGCAUGAUGUCCACUGAUAUUUGCAAGCAAAGGGAAAGGACUUGAACUGCUUGUUUCAGUGCACAUUCUGGGGAAAGGAACGUGUGAUGAAGCCCGAAAAAUGUCUUCCUGGGAGGCUAAUUUUGAUGGAGAACGAAGACUUGCACACUUUGAGUUGUGCCUUAUAAACAAUCACUGCCUUGACUGAAUGCCAGAUGGAGACAGUAAUAUUAAUAUUGAAGCGAGGGUUUCAAACAUUUUGCAUUGUCUUGUGUAUGCAGUUAGCAAUAUUUAUUGUCCUGUGCUGAGGUCUUUCUAUAGUCAUUUAAUAAAAGGAUUUACAGGAAGCAUUAUCAAUUACACUUGCUUCUUCUUUGACUUGUUAACUUUCUCAUUGGCUUGUCUAACCAGGAAACCAUCCCUGUUGCAUGGGUGAACACCACACUAUUUGAUUACCAGGGAAAGCUACGGCAAGGUCAAUUAAGACUGUUUGCAUGGCCAGUACCAGAGACCAUGGCUGAUCAACUUAACCCUGUUGGGACAGUGGUUUCCAAUAUUGACACAGUCACUUCCGUGUCACUUGACCUUGAAUUCCAAGGCUACUCCAAUGCAGUUGUCUAUCCUUCAAUUGAUACGGUAAAUUGUGGUUGUAUUAUUCAUUUUAUUUGUGGUAGGUGAAAUCUUGUCUAUUAAACCAGUAUUCACCUUAGGCUUCCAGGUCUAGCAAAAUGAUAAUGCUUAUGAAAUGAAUGCUGGCCGGUUUGACCUGGGAAGGUGAAUUUGAAAUGUUGUCAUUUAUUGUGAAGGUGGGGGGGGGCUUGGGGGGAGGUAAAGUUUUUAAUUGACACACCGUUAUGUUUAAUACUUUAACCUAGACAGAAAGGUGUUUAAUAGUAAGGAGAGAAAGCAGAUAACUGAAAACUGUUGAUUUAAGAGUUUAGAUAGAGUAUUCUGUAUAAUUUCUAAGCUAAUUUAUUCUGCUUAUUUACAGGUUACUGAGUUGGCUGCAAAGAGCACCAACGCCAAUAUUUUUGUGAGUAUACCAAAUGCCACUUUAACCCUAAAUAUCAAAAUAAUAGUUCUGAUCCUUUGAAUCAAUCUCCUGUCCUGUUUUAAUGGCAUUAAUGAAGAGAACUUGUUCAAAUGUCAACUUGUGAGAAUUUAUUUAUGUGAUAAUUCUGUGCUUUUAUGACAUUAUUUAAUUAAUUCCUAAGUUGGUAAAGAACUAAUGCAAAAAGAUACAAAUCAGUUACCUUGGAGCUGUAUUACCAAGUUCAUUUGUGUUUAAUUGUUUUCAGAUAUGCGAGAACGUUAUAUUUUCUUAUUCAGGUGCCUUCUCUGCUCAGACAAUGCAUUCUUACGAUAUUGAGUUAAUAUAUUAUUUUUAUUGCAUUGUGAUUUAAGGGAAAUCCAGGAGAGUCCCAGCUGGAAAAGCUAACGCACAUUGUAAACCGUGAACCUCUUGCACCAAUUUUUGAACAAGAAAAAGAGCUUGUUUGGGAACGGAGGUUUGUUUGUAACUUUAAUGAGUUAAUGUUUGACUCACUCAUUCCUUUUAUACAGUUUUCAGAUGUAUGCAUUAUAACAUUUUAAAUCUGUGCCAUUGCUUCUUACCUUUAAAAGGUUUAACACUCAUAUAAAUUGCUCUUGCAGGAUUGAUGUUCGUGAGCACUUUCCUCAUGCUUUAGCAAAACUGCUUUGUUGUGUUAAGUGGAACUGCAAGGAAGAUGUCGCAUUGGUAAGAGAAACCUAAGUAAAUUAUUGAAUGGUUCAAAAUGAAAAGGGGGAUAUGUGACAAUAAAAUUGAAGACUGGAACUGGAAUUUGAAACUGAAAAGCUUUGUUUUAUGGCCAAAUUAUCCUGCAUGUGAGUUACAUUUUAGAAAAGAGAGUUGUAACUCAACAGAACAUCUAAAUGGGCUAGAACUAUAGGGGACAGUCCUUUUGGGAAGGAAAGAUCAAAGUAUUUUAGACUAGGCACAAAGUUGCUAAGUAUUUAUUUGCCAAUGCAAAAAGAGAUUGCUUUUGAAAGUUGCCAACAUUUGAAAAACCUUUUAUUUUUAGCCAAACCAUACCAGAAGCCCUUUUUCCUUACAACCUUUUAUUCUAUAUUACUACCUACUUGUGGUGUGAUUUUUUUGUUAGCUUUUCCCUUAGUUCAAUUGAUACUUUUUUUUCAGAUGCAAAUCCUUCUUCAAACUUGGCCAAAACUAGAGCCAGAGCAGGCGUUAGAGUUGCUUGAUUACACUUUUGCUGACCGUGAAGUGAGAAAGAUUGCUGUGGAAUGCAUAGAGAAAAUGAGGUUUGCAUUGUUUUGACUAUGAAUUUUAAUUAAUGAUUUUGAUAAUUUUGAUGGUGACGAUGAAUGCUACAGAUACUGAAAGUGGCAAUAAUUAAUGAUAACAUAUGAUAUGGUACUAAUAAUCAAUAGCUUAACUGCUGCCCAGUUAGCUUAGUUGGCUACCCCCAGGUGUACUGAGUUUAAGCUAAUGUUCAAACCCUUGCUGCAUUUCAGGGGUCUGUAAAAGAAUGGUAAGAUAAUGGCUACAAAAUGUUUGUUAUGAUAAUGACUAUAUUCCAUCAUUAAUACAGGUGCAUUGAGCUAAGACAAACUUUUUGUCAAAAAUGUUUCCGUUUUCAACGUAAUGUUUGCAAAGCCAGAUAUCAUUCAGCAGUAAUAUGAAAUAAUCCGAUUUCAUUACUGGUGAAUUUUUUGGGCGAAAUUAGCAUUUAAAAAGACCUUACUGGUCAAGGAAAAUCUUGACUAGUAACUGGUGCUUCUAAAAUUAAAGAGUACCUUUUAAAGAAUUGCAUGAUUGGCAAUCAGCUUUUGUUUUAAGUAUUAGGCAUGCAAACACUGGGAUUACCUUUCCCAAUUAAAAUUUGAGCAGGUGGCUUGUUCUACCUCAGAGAAGUUGGGUUUUGAAAUUCCAAAACAAUUUUACAGCUGAAUUUUGAAGGACUUUUUAGUAAUGGUUGUCUGUUCCAACAAUUUCUUUAAAAUCACUGGCAGAUUUAUUACUAAAAUAUGUCAAUAAAGGGCGAUAUCAGAGAUCUCAGUCAAAAAUAUCAGCAAAAUUUUUUACCAGACAUGAUUUUCUUUGAACAGUAGGGUAAUGACUAUUUUUAAUAUAACAAUAAAAAAUGCACCUGUGUAAUAAUGACGGAGCCACCUUAACAAUAAUGGAAAUAAUAAUGUUUAGGUUACCAGUAUGUAUAUAAAUAUCCAGUUAUGGUAAGUGCAAUGAUUAUUUUUGCAACAAUAACAUUUCUAAUACCUUGGUACCGGUGCUAUUGUUUUAAGGAUAAUGGAGUAACAAAAGUCAUAUGAAAUUAUUAUUUAUGCACAAUACGUUGUCAAAAAAUGUUUUAGAUGUGUCUAAUAUAUUGUAAGCCAUCACUGAUUCGUUGGGUAAAUUAUUUUUGGCAAGUGGGCCAAUUUCUAUCUGUGGGUCACUAGUGGCUCAUAACAAUCAAAUGGCAAAGUCACAAUACAGUAAAAAUCCACAAGAAAGACACUGGUUUUUAUGAACCUGUUAGGCUAAAAUUUGCCAGUUAGGUCCCCUCUAUACAAGAAUGGGUUUAGCCUAAAGUUUUAAUUUUAUAAAAUGUGUAAAUCUGUACACUUGGGUACUACAAUAGAUAAGUCAACAUUAAGGAUCCUCUUUGGAGACGUAGGUGUGUCUUGUCACUCCAACUGCAAUGUAAUGGUGCAUGUACAUACGAUUUUACAUAAGAAAUAAGCAGAAUGUUACUUACUUUUAGCUACUUGUACAAUGUUUUUUUUUUCUCUUGAAAAUAAGAAUCUAUUUGAGAACAUAAAUAGUUUAAAUCUGUUCUAAUUACCAUUUAUGUAACAACCUGCUUAGGCUAACUUGGGAAAAUGCCGGUUCUUACUCAUUUUGUGGGUUUUUACUGUACUCUUGAUAUAACUGGUACAUAACAUAGCUCAAUCUAUCCAAGCUAAUCCUGUACAACAUUUUUGUUCAAUUUUUCUGCAGUGACCGUGAGCUUUCCCAGUAUCUUCUGCAGCUUGUCCAGGUAUGCAUGUCUAACCUCUCUUUAUUUUAAUCAGUAGGGAUGUAAGAAUAACUUAGUGAAACCUGUAUUAUCAGGGGCAGAUCCAGGAUUUUUCUUAGGAGGGGGUGGAAAAGCCGCAGGUCAUCUCAGGGGGAUGGGUGCACAUCCCCCUGCACCCUCCCCCUAGAUUCGCCCCUGAUUAUAAUGGCUACCCUUAGGACUUUGGAAUGGUCGAUUGCCAAUUGCAUACAAGAACACCUUAUUCAAGCCUUUAUUCAUUAAAAAAAAAGGCAAUCAACUUUUGUGUAAGUGGUGUUUACCAGAAUAGAUAGAUAAGUUUUAUUUCAACUUUCAUAUUUAAAGAGUAGCAUUGCUGCGCGUAUCUGCAAUUUAAAGAAAUAAAAUAUAUUAAUAAAACAAUCAAGGUCAAUCAAUGAUAAUAUUAAAAAUAAUUUUGACCAUAUGACUAUUUACAACAAUGUACAUCAUUGAAAAAAAAGGGAACAAAUUGCAUUACAGUAACUUAUAGUGUCGUCUAAAAGUGGUAUAAAAACUACUUAUAUUAUUAGCAGUUCCAGCAGUUCCAGCAGAAAUUCCAGAGAUUCGUCUUGAAAUAAGUAACGGAAUUGAGACCAUGUGUAUAGAUGUCCUCAGCUCGGAAGAACGAGUUUCCUUUUAUCGCUAAGAUUGUACCCUGAAUUUCUUUCCAUAAAGCGUGAGGUAAGAUAAGUGGGCAUUAGCUCAUUUACACAUUUUAUUUUAUAGACCAGAACAGACAUAUCCUGUAGACGUCUGUCCUCAGCAACGUUAUAUUUAGUUUCUUAUUGGAUCUUUAUAUGAGCUUCUUGUAUCAUCCAUCAGGAUGGCCCUUAUCUUACCUCAUCGUAGUAUACUUUCAACAAAACUGCAAACAUGUACUUAACUGUAAUGUUGGAGUCGAUGUAUUGUUAUGUUAAGGUACUUAUUAUUGUUCUCUAGUCUACAAUCAGUAUUUCCAAGAUUUUAAGUGCACGAUGAAGUAUGACAGUCCAUUGUUGUGAUAGUUUAUAUGUUAUAGAGUGGUCUCCUAAGACAGUUAAAACAAAGUUCUUAAACUAUUAUGUUGGAAUGCUUUUUAAGGUUGGCCACAGCCAGAAAAAUAGAGUAUUUGAAAGUGGACACUUAUCAAAGGCCGGGUUGCUACUGACUACAGAGUCAUUAUUUACAGGUUUUUCCAUGUUAACAAAAUACUGUUUUUGCUCUGGUUACUGAUCUGCAGGUUUUAAAGUAUGAAUCAUACCUGGACUGUGACUUAGCGGAGUUUUUACUUAGAAGAGCUCUUAAGAAUCAGCAUUUUGGACAUGAACUGUUUUGGCUUCUUAGGUGAGGAGGUUUCUGUGGAAGUUCAUAUUUGCAGCCAUUCUCCCUGAAAUUUACCUCUGAUUACCUGUCUGGCUUUAAUUGCAUGAAAGGAAUAAAAAUAUUUUACUUGUGAACUAUUGUAAAUCUCAGAUGGUAAUUAACACUGAGGGUUAACUGUCCAAAGUGAAACUUGUUUUCAAGAGAAGUUGUGAAUAAUUAUUGUUGAUAUUCUUGACGGUUUCUUUGCUUGCCUUUUUAGAGCUGAAAUGGAGAACCCUGAAGUGUCAGUGAGGUUUGGUCUGAUGUUAGAGGCAUAUUGCCGUGGUGCACCAACACACAUGAAAAGCUUACAACGACAGGUUUGUGGGAGCUGUUAUUAAUGACAAUAAUGAUGAUGAUGAUGAUGAUGAUAAUGGCAAUAACUAUACAAAUGACAAUAACAAUAAUGGUGAUGAUGAUGACGAUAAUAACAAUGCAAGGACCAAGACAAUGAUGUCAGUGAUGACGAUGAUGUUAAUGAUAAUAUUAAAAAUACUCAGAAUAACAAUAUCACCCAAACUUCCUAGUAUAUUGUCUCAUUGUAAGCCUUAAUUAGUAUAGGUAAACCUAAGUUGCCAUCGCAAGGCAUAUUACAUUGUAUCAGUUUCAUGGAUACUCUCCAAAUCUGUACACAGGCUCAUUUACUGAAGGUUGAAUAGUAUAUUCUUUUUUUAUUAUUCAUUUUUCAGGCACAAGCUUUGAGUAAGAUGAAGGCUGUCACUGAGUUACUGCAGCUUAUUGAUAGGGUAUGGUCGAAUUUUAAAUCAUAUUUUUGGAUCAUAAUUGAUAUACUGGUGAAUUUGACCCUCGGGUUACCAGCAGGUGGCCACUUCAUGGAAGUUGGCCACUCAAUAGAAGUUUGUCAUAAAUUAGCAUAAUCUUAAGAAGAAACAUCACUUUAUUUAGAAACAAACUCGUGACAGUAGUGGCAUUCCAAUUUCACUAUUUAUCAGUCUUUUUCAAAUACAGUUAACUGUAAAACCAAAGUUAGUGUAUCGACACUUGGUGGUCACUUAAUAGAUUUGAUAACAUAAAGAGAAAUCUUUUUGGAAUGGCCAAAAGGUGGCAGCCGAUAAUUAUAAAGACACUGGGAUAUCACAGUCAGGGAAAUUUUUUGGAAAAAAAAUUUUUUCUAAGGUUGGGGAAAAGGCAAAGCCAUUGAAAGUUCAAGGGCUUUUAUUUUCAGCUUGAAACAGGGUUUUGUGAAGAUUAUAAAAAGACCUUUUCAUUGGAAAGAAAAGUAAAAAACAUCCAAAUUUCGUUUAAAUUCUUGAAUUAGGGCUUUCUAAGUUUGACGUGUUAGGAAAUAUUCUUUGCUGUUUCUGUUUAAUAUUUUAGGACAGAAGAGAGAAAGGUUUAGCUACAAUGAAAGAACUGCUACGUCAGAAAACUUACCAAGGAGCUCUGUCCAAAAUUAGCUCUCCUUUGGAUCCGAGCUUCAAACUACGACAGUUGAAGUAUGUUAAGCUUGUUAGAGGAUGUUAUAAGCACUUAACAGUGGCAAGCUACUUUUCUUUAUUUAAUUAAACCUUAGUGCAGGGCUAUAUAAAAGCGAGGGCACAGGUUUAGCCAUAUCAAAAUAUCGUACUGACUAUGUUUUCUGUCCUGUCCUAGCCACUAAGUUAAAUUUCAGUGAUGCCAACGAAAUCAAACCCAAAGAAGUGAUUUGAAUUAAUCACUGCGUUUUUUCCCAUUCCAUUUCAGUAUCGACCAAUGCAAGUUUAUGGAUUCGAAAAUGCGGCCGUUGUAUUUGGUGUUUGAAAAUUUAGACGAGAUGGGAGAUUUUGUGCGUAUAAUUUUCAAAAAUGGCGAUGGUAAGUGUUUACUGUACAGUGUAUAGGUCGCUUAAUGGAACUUCUGUCAUUUAGCCAUUAGUCAUCACGUCUUCGCCAGCAGCAACUGAUGGCAAACUCGAGAUUCAAGUUGAAAAUUUCUGAAAUUAGGAAAUGAACGGAUAAAAAGUAUCUGGAGAAAAUUCUUAUCGAUGAACCUGACAUUAAACUGUUUAUUUUUGUGUAGAUAUAAUGAAAGGGAAAACUGGUCACCAGGGAAGCUACUUUUUGCUGUUGGUAAUGAUGAAUUAAAAACUGUCCUUUUCCGGUCCGUAGUGGCAAAUUAAUUGUUUGAGGGACUCCUUUGUUAAUCUUCAAUAAUCUGUGAAAAGGCUGCGACAUGAAUAUACAUAGUGGUCGAGGGCUACCAGUAACUGGUGAUAUAAUAGAGAAUGAUGCUAGUACCGUAAACUGGUUUUGAUAAGUUCCCCUACUUACAAUUAUUAGCUCCCCCCUCCCAGUUAAAGGCCCAUCUAUCGGUGAAAAAAAAAAAAACGUUCUAUUAUUAGCCCCCCUCCCUUCAAAUGUAUUGAAAUGAAAUUGAUUUAUUAUGACGUUUUGAAGCCUAAAACACCAGUAAAUACAAAACGUAUUUUGAUCAGCACUGCUAUAGCUCUAUUCCGAUUAUUAGCCCCUCUCGGAUAUAAGCCUCUCCGUUUAUAAACCGUCUUAAAACUCCUUAGGAAAAUUUAUAAGCCCAGGGCUUAUUAAGCAAUAGCUUUUGGUAUUCAACAUGUCACCAGCAUGGAGAGCUGAAAAUAAUCAUUCUUCGGUCUUAAAGGCCAUUAGCCCGACUAAGUCACCACUUUGGUCGGACGAGACGAAAAUGUGAUCGGACUCAAUCAAGAACGCAUUUAAGUAGGUGUCUCUAACGAAAAUGCCGGAUGCAUGGUAGUCGUAGGAUUCGCAGUUAGACCUUUACUGCAUUGAUUGGGAGCAAGGGAUGGUGCAAAGGUGAGAGCCUUCUUCUCCUGGUUCUCUGGUGUUCCCCUCUCCUAAAAAAUCAAACCAACAUUUCCAAAUUGCUUUUCGACCAGGAAUCAGGGAGUUGAUAAACCGCUUCGUGGAUGUGCUACCUCUAAAUAAUUAUUUAUUUAUUUGUAAUGUUAUUUGGUUGACAUGAUCAUUCACACAUUCACAAGGUAGACUGUGUUCCUCUGCACAGUGAUAGUCUUUAGUCUUCAGUAUUGACUUUGUCCGGAUAUGAUGUGCAACCACAAUAUAUUAAGAUCGUUUCUAGGACAUGGGCCGCUGACCGGCUGCUUUGCGCAUGUGCCCAAAAGAAACGAAAAGAAAAAAAAUGAGAGAAAGAAAAAGCUGGAAAAGCAAAUAUGAGUGCAGAAGGGGCCGAGACCAUGCAUCUACUGUACCAAGCUUAUUAGUACGACUGAAAUAAGUUAGAUAAAGUCACACGAAAAAUUGUAUUUUUGUUUUGUUGUAAGGUAUACUUAAAGUAUAAUGAGUUUUUUUUUAAUAAUUUGAUCAGAUCUUCGACAAGACAUGUUGACUCUGCAGCUGAUCAAAAUCAUGGAUAGGAUCUGGCAAAAUGAAGGACUGGAUCUUGGGUGAGUUGAAACUUUAUGACGAGUUGAAACUUUUUUAUCUGUGAAGGGACAAAAAUGGCGUUGCCUGGCGUCCUUUUUCAGUUUCAUUUGUUAUCUCACACUUGUUAACAUUGUGUAUCAUUUCAAACAGUGGGCUGAUUCUAUGCCUGUUUUUUGCUAGUGACCAGCGUUCCUCCACGGCUACCUUGAUGACUUUCCGUUUGCAAUCAUAGUAACCCGCUGUAAUGUUAAGCUCUUGCCAGAUUCAAACGCUCGCUUUUAUGUCAAUUGAUUGGUUGAUCAUAAGUUGCACUGCUUGAUACGCUCUCAAAUGUUCAGGUUUUUAGUUUAGGUAAAGCCUAUGCCCGACUGUAAUAACGGACCCAUAUUAUCUGUAUUUUCACUACUCUGUUUUUCACCUUUCAAGCAUGAUCCCUUAUCGUUGUUUAUCGACUGGUAGUUCCAUUGGAAUGAUUGAGGUUGUUUAUCAAGCAGAGACGUUAGCCAAGCUACAGAAAACCAAAGGAGUUACUGCUGCGUUUGGUAAAGACUCUAUAUGGGAUUGGCUGAAGAUAUAUAACGUCACUGACGAAAGGUUUGGAUUGGCAUGUUCUGCUUAGCUUAGUUUUAAGCCCUGAUUUCUUUAUUCCAUAUCCAUUGUUGUGAUUAAGCCUUCUGUGUUUUGAGUCAGACAUGCAUUGUAUGACUUUUUACGGUGUAGUUUCUUACAGCGCAGCCUAAUAAUGAACCCAUACACAGUCCAUACACAGGGAAACCAUACAUCCCAUUAGAAUACAAAAUCUCAUUGAUCCCGGGUCUGGAGACAAGAGUUUCACUAGGAAGGACAUUGGACGGCUUGAAAUUUAAAAAAGAUUAAAAUAAUGAAGCCAUUUUGUCGGAGGGAUGAGUGACUUGUUUCACAGGGAAACCAGGCGACCGUGUGUAUUUUUUAAAUUUAAAAUGGUUGUCACAAACAUCGAUAGACCUAGUGAUACCGGCCUAUCGCGGAUAUACAAGGAAACAAUUCAGUUUGAUUAUGUUUGUCUAGUUUGUUAGAGGCAGUAGAGAGGUUCACGCUGUCCUGUGCAGGGUACUGUGUGGCAACGUAUGUCCUGGGGGUCGGUGACAGACACAGUGACAACAUAAUGGUGAAGAAAACAGGGCAGGUAAGUUUAAUAACCAAUCAGAACUGAUAAAAUAUAACUCGCGGGAAAGAUCUCGUGACCAUACUCUUUCCACUUUUAGUCAACGUGUCCCUCGGUAGUUUGCCCCUGAGAAGAGCACAGACCUCGUGAUGGUUUCAGCCUCUAAAGGUUAUAGUUGUCGAGAAUUGAUUCAAAUUAAAAGAGAAUAACAGCCGCAUAUCGUCACUUUUAGUUUCGCCUCACCCCAGGACUGCCGCCCGGUUAGCUCGAUUGGAUAAACGCCUGUCUGCUGAGUGGCAGACCGCUGGUUCAAACUUCAGCCAGUCCAACACUCCGUCUUCUCUGUAGGCCCUGGGUUGCAACCCCUGGAAAUAUGAUGAAUUCUGUAGUAUGUUAGAACCCAUACGCCGUUUGUUAAGAGUUGGGGAUAUAGUCCAAAGUGUGCUGGUCUAUGUCAAAUUCACACUCAUGACAGUUUGGUAAAAGUUUCUUAACCAGUGCUGUAAAUUAUCCCUGGAGAACUCUGCGGGGAGUGGAUAGUAGAUAGUAAUAUUUUCUAUGACAGUUUGGUAAAGGUUUGUUAGCCAGUGUUGUAAAUACCGCCGCCUGGUUAGCUCAGUUGAGCAGGAGGUCGCGGGUUCAAACCCCGGCCGAACCAACACUUAGGGUCUUAAAAUAACUGAGAAGAAAGUGCUGCCUUUGUAAUGACAUCUGCAAAUGGUUAGACUUUCUAGUCUUCUCGGAUAAGGACGAAAAACCGUAGGUCCCGUCUCACAGCACUUUCACUGAUCUGUUCUUGUGGGACGUAAAAGAACCUACACUACUGUUCGAAAAGAGUAGGGGUUGUAGACCCGGUGGUGUGGCCAACCUUUACGGGUUGUGGGAUUGGGUAGGGAUGGCACCUUGCAUGGGACCUAUGAGUCCCGUUCGUGCCUAUUCCCUCUGGGCAGGCUUGUGUCCAGAAAAGCUUGCUAAACAAAACAAAACAAAUAAAUUAUCCCUGGAGAACUCUGCGAGGAGUGGAUAGUAAUAUUUUCUAUAAUUUUUGUUGCUGAUCGGACAGAGUGACCGAAGAAUUUAUCCCAGUCCAUUGUGUUUGUAAUUUAUUGUAUAACUGUUCAUAUUCCUGCUAUUCCUGCUACAGCUUUUCCACAUUGAUUUUGGACACAUCCUUGGAAAUUUUAAGAGCAAGUUUGGCGUUCGAAGAGAAAGGGUUCCUUUUGUGUUAAGUGAUCAAUUCGUUACUGUGAUUUCUGAAGGUAAAGGAAAGGACACGCCCCAGUUUGAAAGGUAAUUGUUAACUUUACUAUAGAGUGUUUUCACUCACGUGACCAGCAUUUAUGCAAAUCUAUUGGAAUGAUAGAAAGAGUUUACACAGGAAAAGAGUUCAACUCCCACAGGAUUGGUUUGUGACACCAACAUGGCCGCCGUUUCACUGUUUUGGGACACCAAUAUGACCGUCGUGACGUCAUAUGAAAACACGCUACAUAAUCAAACCUGUAAACGAAUCAGGUUUUGAGAACUAAUUCAGACACCUUUAAUAACUAGUUCGUUAAAAGCUAUCCUCACUGAGGCGAGUUUCCACAGAAUGAAAAUGUUAGCGGGAAGUGGACAGAGACCGCUUUGUUUCUUUCAACCAAAGUUGGAUGAAACAAAUCGGAAAAACUCAAAGUAACAGUUUCUCAAGGUGUAAGCUACUCACGUGACUUAAUUUUCAAGGUCUCACCUAAAAGAUACACUUAAUGUACAACAAGGCGUGCCGAGACAAUGAGCGAGUAGUUUCUGUUCAAGUUUCUCCUCGAGAAAAACACGGUAGAAAAAGAAGUAGGCACCCGCGUGGAUCUCAACAGUUCUCAGUCCCCUAUCGCGAGCUAUUGCGUGUGCUUCUUUACUAGGUAAUAAAAAUAUAUAUGUAACUAUAUUACAUGAAAGGUGGACGCCCUUAGAUAACUUUUUUCAUCCGGGAUUUCGGGCCAAGUAACCUGCGAGAGCAUCCGGUUUUUUCGGCUUAAGUUUCUAGUUUCACCCGGUUUUUCUCGGCGGGUGAAACUAGAAACUUGAGACGAAAAAACCGGAUGCUCUCGCAGGUUACGGGCCAAGGAGUAAAUGAAAAAUCGUUUAAAUUGUUUUCACUGGCGGCUUCUUGUCAUAUAACGUUUUUGACUUUUGCAAUGAUGUUGUGUUUUUAGGUUCAAACAGAUCUGUAUAAACGCUUUUCUAAUUCUCCGCCGUAAAGGACCUCUUCUUAUCAACUUGUUUGUCAUGAUGUUAUCCGCUGGCCUCCCAGAACUACGUUCGCUUGAUGACAUUGGUUACUUGCGCAAGACUCUGGUUUUGUCUCUCACAGAGGAAGAAGCCGUGAAAGAUUUCCAGAAAAAGUUUGAUGAUGCUCUUAACAACAGCUGGAAAACUUCGGCCAACUGGUUAGCGCACAACUUGAAAAGAGAUAAUCCUUAAUCAGGACCAAUGCAGUUCUAGCUUUAGCUCACGUUACAUUGCAUCAUAUUAGCCUUAGAUUCAGCAAGUGCUCUGGAACACUUUCCUGUACACGUUAGUUUCCUCUUGGUAUUCUCCUGUGAGCAUUCCUUGGAAACAAUUCAACCUGCAAACUUGAGGAGCACUCUAGGCCAAGUUAUUCUCAGGCCCUGUAACGCGUUGAUAUGGAGAAAACGUGUGUCGGGUAUUGACCCGCCUAGAUAUAAACACUGGCUCGCCCAGUCGGGUCAACAUGCUUUGUCGAAACGAGACAAUCAAGGCAUGCGCGAGCGCUGUUGUAAGGGUCGUAGCUCUGGCAAAGUAGUUAACCUCGCUAAAGUUGACACUGCGGGAAGGGUGACCGUCUUUCCCUGGACAACUUUUUUCCAUACAAACGGGACCUGAAAGCGUUUCGUUUGCGUUCAUUCAUAUUAGAGUUUUCGCACACUUUGAUGAUUGGUAUCCAUUUCUAAAAUGUCAUAACGAAGGCAAAGUUUUAGUAAAACUUUUUUUAACGAUCGGUUUUCCAUCGUUUCAGUAUAAUAUAGGCUAGGGCAUAUUGCUCUGUUUUUUUUUUCACAAAAGUGAAAACAGGUCUUAGAAGUGUGAAUUAUUUCGAGUCAGUUUAAUUGCUCGUCAGUAGUGCUUUUAUUAAAGUUUAGUCUACUUGAUAAAUACAUCGUUAGAUAAAAUAACAUGAUCUCUGAAUACGAGGAAAUAUUUUUUAAAAAGUUGAUAUUUCGGUUUAAUCCAAAACCAUUUUCAAAAUUAUGAAAAAAAAUUAAAAAACUUGCUGAGUUAAAUGCAAGUAUUCAAAUUAUCAGCCACAAAACGGUUCAUUUAGUCGCUUUGUAGGGGCUUUAGAUAUCUUGUGGGAUCUAAUGAUGAAUGAGUAGCGGGAAACAAUGUUUAGGUUACUAGGAUUGGAGUGUUACUAAAAGGUGAUAUUACACGAGACGAUUCGCAACGACGAUUUUUAGCGCAACACAGCGUUGCAACAUUGUUCCAACAUUGCAACGCUGUGUUGCGCUAAAAAUCGUCGUUGCGAAUCGUCCCGUGCAACAUCACUGUUACGUCUCGUAUGUUUAGUCAGCGAAUUUAUCCGGGUCUCUCCUGGCCGCGAGGGAGGUUACGCAAGAGCGGUGAAUUGUGAGGAGAGACAUCUAUAUUUGCAGUCUAGCGUCAGUCUAGCGUAUGUUAUGUUAUUUUGGAAUUCCCCAAACGGCUCGGCAAGCUACUUGGCUUGGUUGCAUUUACUCCACUCUGUUGGAGUUCUCUGGACUAAAAUGAGAAUAGAAUAUUGUUACAAUUUUUUUAACGGCGCUGCAGUAUAGUUAAUUUGUAAGAUAGAUGUAUUUAGCAUGUGGCGUAGUUUUGACUACUAUUGUGGUGUUACAUAAUUUAUGUACAAUUUUUUAGGUAGGUAGGUAGGUAGUUAGGGCCUGUUUACAUGGAGGUGGAGGACCCCUGGUUGGUGAGGUAUUAUGUGGCAUGUAAACAGGUCCUUAGGUAGGUAGUGUGUGAAUUUUUCUAAAAAAAGAAUGCUUUUUGCAAAAUAUUAGUUUGGGAAAAAAAUGAACUUGAAUUUUAAUAAACUCAUCAAUUUGAUGUAAAAUGUGAAAUUCUCACUCCCCCAAGAGUUUGCAUUUUUCAAAGCAAGUCCAGUAUGAUUAUCGUCUUUUUUCUUUCUUUCUUCGUCCGAACACCAGUCAUGGACAAAUGGUGUAGAAUUAUUGAAGGCAGUUAGAGCUGUAACAUCGUUCAUCUCUCAAACGUCCUUGAAAAUUUAGUGCCGGGACAGAUCGUAACUUUUACUUCUUGUAAGGUGUAGAUUGUAACAACUAUAAAUGACAAAGUUAAGACUGAGCAGCGGAAACACCGGUAAACACUUAGCCGUGUUAUCAAAAAGUAGUUACCACACACGGAUACAGAUAUUUGGCAACAACAAACUGCUUUUACCUGCCAACUAUGCUGUUAUAAUCUUCUUGUCAGAGCCAGUUGUUAAAGAAACAAGAGUCGUAGGAACACAGACUACAGAUCAUUGAAGUUUUUGUUUUUCUUUUGACUGAAUUUUGAUCAACCAUGUUUACCGGUUGCUUUCGAUCUUGUUUUUGUUGUUGUUGUUUUUUGCUUACGACAUGUGACCGAAUAGGUCUCGUUUGACUUUGAGGGAAGGACGAAAAAACCCAGGGAGGAAAUUGUACUUAGUCUCUUAUUCCUAAUCGUCUUUAGUAUGAAAUCUAGCCUCCCUAAAUGCAUUGCAUACAGUUAAAUU